GAAGGCGGGGCUCCAGAAUAAGGACUACAACUCCCAGAAUGCCUCGCAUCAACCAUCAUGGAGCGUACCACACGGAAACUAUUCGCCGAUGGCGGGGAAAACCGAAGGCUUAGUUUCGAGAGAUUUUAUUGGCUGAGACUUUUGUAUUCUAGAGUCUUUCAUCCAUCUUUGCAGAGGUGCUGUGCUGACUCUACUGUUCCGAGGGCCUCCAGGAGCUUGUUGGGAAUGGGUUUUCCCGUUCCCUCGGCAACGCGGCCUAACAAGCGCCAGCUGCAGCUUACGGAACUGUGAGGCGCGCGCGCCUCUGCAGCUGUGCCAGAGGCUCAAGCCCGGGCACAGGAGCGUGGCCCCGAGCUCCUCGAGCUCCGCAGUGGAGUGAUCCCCGGCUGGAGCAGGGUCCGUCUGAUCCUGGUUGUAGGAUUAGGUGCCUUUUGGAGAGGUGACUCGGCCUCGCAGACAUGGGUUUUCCUUAGCUACCUGCCUACUUCAAGCUACCUUUUCCCCUAGAGGGAAUAACUUAGGCAAUCGGUUCAUUUAUUUUCUGCAGCUUCAUCCUUUUAGCCAAACUUUUUCCCCCCUUGGCAUAGGAAAGGAUUUGUUGAGUAAAUUGCAAGGAUGUAGAGGACAAGGCUAUAACAGAAGGACCUUCUUAUCCAAACGUUUUGAAGGGAACUUGCCAUAUUCUACUUGGGUAAAAUUCCAUGAUUUUCGUGUCUACUUCAUUAUAAAUCAUGAUUUAUGCCUUUAAAGUCUCUUUUCCUACUUCUACCUGACCAGAAGGAGAGGGUCGCCAAAGCAUUUCUUAAAUGUGUGAAUGAAUGCUUCGUAAGUUUUACUUCAGAGUUUAAGGUCGGGAUAAAGUUGAAGGCACUGCCCUUGUCAGCGCUGGGGCUACAAUGAUAAUAAAUAAAGGGGCGUUGGCGUUCAAGCCACUCUGGAGGCUAGCCCAGAAGCUUCCUUGAUUCCAGGAGUUCCAUUCCAGUCUGGGCAUAUUUGCCUCAAGAACGUGUUGAAGAGGAUUCUAACUCAGACCAUGGUUCCCAGUUGUGGAGCUUGUGGAGCCAUCAGUUCAUUGGGGAAAAUAAAGGGUGCCUACAUCACGAACGUUAGAGGACUGCUAAUGAAGCUUGGGAAGGCAUUAAACCUGAGAAUCUCGAGGAGAAGAGAACAAAUCCAUGAUUGUCCAGUUAAAGCAACCUCUAUUUUGGGGGUGUGCCCUGUACUAGCCUGCUGGCUGUCCCACUCUAAGUCGGGAUUCAGAGAGUACUCCUUGCCCGCGGCCCCAUUAAUGGUCCUUCUUAUAGGAGAAAGUGUUCACCGGCUAAUAGCGUAAAAACAAAAAAACAAUGACAGGGAAGGAACAAGGUUACAUCAUGUGAAUCUGGUAGCAAUUUUAGUGUAGGUUGAAAGACAUUUCGCAGUGUACAUCAUAUCUAAGUAAAAGGGACCUAUCCUUAAUUUCAAAUAGAAAUCUCAGCUUGGAAGCCCUUAACACAGGACAAACAGGAACUUAUUCUUUCACUACAAAUAGAAACCUUAACCUGCAAAGUCUAUUGUUCCUACUUUGGUCUCACAAAGGCUAUGCACAAACCAAUCUGAUGAGGGUUGUGGGAGUAUGUAAAAUAUGUGAACCAACCAACCAAUCCAGAGACUUAAAAUAACGUCAAAUAGUUUGACAUUUAAUAGUCAUUCUUUUCACUAAAAAUAAUUUCCUGUAGUUUUCAGUGUAAAGUAGGAUUUUGCUGCAAAAGAAGAUCUAAGAACCUUUGUGAAGUUACCACCCCAAGAAGCAAUCAUGCCGAUGGAAGGUGGAAAAACAGAUAUGGAGAGGAUUGGCCUCUUCAGUGAGAUGGAAUACAUCACUGUGGGCGACAAAUAUGUGUCACCAUUUAAUCGACCCUUUAAUGAGGCUGCAAGCAAAAAUAGACAGAUGCUACCUGGGGGAACCAAAGAAAUGUCCAAUCUCCAGGCAGGAUACUUCGAUUCCCAGUUUACAAGGAUUUUUGAAGGGGAAGGCUACGUGAAUUUGAAUCAAGUGAGGAGACGGUAUAUGAUGGCAGAAGCCAAAAAGAACCUAGGCAAAGCCUUCAUUCCUAGUAGUGGAGAGAAAAAACCAAGUGGAUUGGGAAGCUAUUAUGGAACAAUUGGUGGCCCUGUCCCAUUCUUCAGUGCUCAGUUAAAACCCAAGGACAAGUAUCAGCCACCAGGGAAGAAUUUAUAUACCAACCCAGGAAAAAAAGGAACUGGAUAUGGCUAUGCCAAUGUCACCAUAGGCAGGCAGCUUUCUCAUUCUUCGGACCUGUAUGAUGCAGCAAAACAGAAUUAUAAGAAAGAAAGUGAAGAACACCACCGACUGCUCAAAGGGUCGCCUUUCAAGUUGAAUCUUCAUCCGAAGGACUAUUUUGAUACUAACCCUUAUUUUUUAGAGCAUCCUUUGCCUCCAAUUAGGAGGGAAGAAAAGAAGGAGCCUUCUCCAAAGCCCUUUAAGCCCUCCUCUCCUGGUAAAAAGGCUGGUGGAAUGAAAGCAGGGACGUUUGACCCUUACCCAGCGCACUCAGCUGACCCUUACGUGGUUAAAGUGGGAAAGGUGAUUUCGAAAGGUGACAAGGUUUUCCACCCACCCAAUGGACCUAAAAGCAGACCCAUUGAAAGUAUAAUGGCGCUGAAUGUCAAAAGGGCACUAAAUGUGAAGAACUAUAAGAAUGCCUCCUCAGCCACCCUGGCAAAGCAGUUAGUUUUCUAGAUCCUCUUGGUAGCGUGGAGAAAAUCCAAUGUUCUGGAACAGAUGGCUAAAGGAAAUUUAACCAUGAGGCUAAACUCUAACAUCCUUCCUGAUUAUAAUGCUGUUUAAUAAAUAAUGUUGGCUAAUGAUGUAAUCUGGGGUUGCUGACCUAUAUUUUUAGAUCUGUAUUUCUAGGUAGAAAGCAAUCUUUGCAAAAGAAAUGUCAAAUCUUGAAGCGUAAUCCAUGAGGAAUAAAACUUUUCUAAAUAAAAAGGACACACAGCAUUGUGUAGCUUCCUGCAAAACAGCCUUGGUAUGCAUUCUCGGACACACAUCACUCCGAUGUGACAGAGCUGGAGGCAAUGGACUGCUGCUGAUGUCAUCUUUGGACAACUUGGGACUGUACAUUCUGUUCAAUUAGGGUGUAGGUAUGGCUUGGGUAGUUUUUCUUAUCCACCAUCAGUGAAUGAGGACUGAGAUAACCAUUUUAGCCAGCCAUUAAUCUGUACUAGAAAGCAUCUAACAACAUUGCUUAAUCCUUGUAACAAGGUUUGUAGAUGUUAACUGGACCAUGGAAGAAUUAACUAAUCUGACAGAACUCACUUACAUAGGAAAGGACUUCCUGAACAGGUCCCUGAAAACAUGUUUUAAGACCAACUAUUCGUAAAUGGGACCUUAUCAAACAGAAAGUUUAUCCAGCAAAGGACAGCAUCAUUUGAACAGAGAAGCAGCCCGAAAACUGGGACAAGACAACACACCUUUAUUUCGCUCUGUUCAGGUUUAACAGACAUUACAAAGGAACAAUGGGCUGAUGCCGUAUUGCUGAGACACCAAAUGGUUGCCAGCAACAUAGGCCAAUCUCACCAGCAGAGAAAAGACUGACUUCCCAGCUGUGUAAGGAAGGUGUUGAAUCACACCAUAUUUUGUGCCUAAGCACGAAUAAAGUAUUGAUCACUUGCAAGCAUAUUUCUUAAGUUAAUCUACUCUAUCGCUGAAAGUAAUGACCUCCGUGGGGCACAGGGAAGGGAAAUGUGCUAGUAAAAGAACUCAGCAUAUUUCCUUUUGUAUUACUCUUAGAUCCUUGAAUUCACCAUCUGGCCUGACAACAACUAUAGCUUGGAAUUUAGGGGGAGGAUGCCCAUUUUUAACACUUCCGGGCAUCAUCUUGCCUUCAGCAGGGCAAAUCCACAGGUCUCUGAGACAAAAUCCACCAGGGAAGUCAGGAAGAGGAGGAGAGGGGGAAACUCUUUACUAAUUACUGACAGAGGAUCAGCGCACCUCACCAGGUAGGUGAAUAUUUACACAGAGACCCACGGCUGCACAGUGUGCAGAGACAGAGACUCUGCAGUGCUCAGCCUCGCCCCUGAGUGGGAUGUCUCUAUCACACUCCUCUUCCAAGGAUUCCGGGAUCUAUACGAAGAGAAGGCAGAGAGAUCGUAAGGUCCGGAAGUGGUGGAUGCCUCCAAGAGAAGGGUGUCUUCCAGACAUGACAGGCCAGCUGCACGCAUGAACUCACAAGACCUGCACAAGCGCAGGGCACAAAAAUCUCAGCACAUUCUUGCCCCAGGCAAGAACCUAUUCCCCAAUAAUAGCUGCUGGGUGAGGGAUUGUCAGUUUUCUCAAUGGUAUGAUGCUGGGCAUAUCAACCACAGUACAGGGCCGGCUGCAAGCUCAGGAGCAGUUGGCCAACACAAACUGUAAAUCGGACUCUGUCUUAGUUAGGGUUUUACUGCUGUGAACAGACACCAUGACCAAUGCAAGUUUUAUAAAAGACAACAUUUAAUUGGGGCUGGCUUACAGGCUCAGAGGUUCAGUCUAUCCUCAAGGCAGGAGCAUGACAGCAUCCAGGCAGACGUGAUACAGGAGGAGCUAAGAGUUCUACCUCUUCAUCCGAAGGCUGCUGGUGGAAGACUGACUUCCAGGAAAUAGGGUGAGGGUCUUCAGCCCACACCCAUGGUGACACACCCACUCCAACAAGGCCACACCUCCUAAUACAGCUACUCCUUGGGCCAAUCAUAUACAAACCAUUACAGACUCCAUGGUUUUAGUGGCUUUUUGGUUUUGUGUUUGUGUUUGUUUGUUUAUAAGAGAGAACAUGAAAUUAGGUGUAGGGUCUGGGAGGACUUGGGGGGUGAGAAAGAAUAUGAUAAAAAUAGACUAUGAAAUUCUCAAAGAAUACAUUUUAAAAAGAGACACAGGAGGAACAAGACAUUCUAAAAGCAGCCGGAAAGUUCAGCCCUAGUACAAUAUCGUUUUUUUGGAAAUAGUACCAAGAUUUCUGUGUCUAGA